AUGAAUCCGUCUGCCAAGGACUACAUCAAUCACGCGACGCAACGAUUCAUAGUGCUGCUCGGCUGCCUGCUAGCGGCAUCUAGCGGCAAUGCCGAGAUUACGACCGUACUAGGCCAGAACGGGUACGACUACACUCCUCCGAAGGUGCCAUUCCCACCACCACCCAGCUGCCCUGCAGGAGGUGUACCUCCGUACUGCUGUACUAAUGGUGGUCAAGGACCUAACUGUGUAGUACCUACGCCUCCACCGCCAAGUUGUCCAGCAGGAGGUGUUCCACCGUACUGCUGUACUAAUGGAGGAUCUGGACCUAACUGUUAUGUCCCACCGCCACCUACGCGACCACCUCCACCACCACCACCCGCCUGUCCGGCAGGAGGAGUACCUCCGUACUGCUGCACUAACGGUGGAACAGGACCAAACUGCUAUGUUCCUCCGCCACCGCCGCCUCCACCAACGAGACCUCCACCACCGGCAUGUCCUGCAGGAGGAGUACCACCAUACUGCUGCACCAAUGGCGGAUCUGGACCGAAUUGCUACGUCCCACCGCCACCAACGCGUCCUCCACCACCUGCAUGUCCUGCCGGUGGAGUACCUCCGUACUGCUGCACGAAUGGCGGAACAGGGCCUAACUGCUAUGUUCCUCCGCCACCGCCGCCUCCACCAACGCGGCCACCACCACCUGCCUGUCCGGCUGGAGGUGUUCCACCAUACUGCUGUACCAACGGCGGAACUGGGCCCAACUGUUACGUUCCUCCACCACCGACUCGCCCACCAAGCUGCCCAGCCGGAGGUGUUCCACCGUACUGUUGUACUAAUGGAGGAACUGGCCCGAACUGUUAUGUCCCUCCGCCACCGACUCGUCCACCGAGCUGCCCAGCCGGAGGUGUUCCGCCAUACUGCUGCACCAAUGGAGGAACUGGCCCGAACUGUUAUGUACCUCCUCCACCCACUCCUCCACCAACACGUCCUCCACCACCGCCACCGCCGUCGUGCCCAGCAGGAGGUGUUCCUCCGUACUGCUGCACCAACGGUGGAACUGGCCCGAACUGUUACGUCCCUGCGCCACCACCACCACCACCGACACGUCCGCCAGGUUGUCCUGCAGGUGGAGUACCUCCGUACUGCUGCACCAAUGGCGGCCAAGGACCAAACUGUGUCGUUCCGACGAGACCACCUAAAGGAGAUGAGUACCUUCCGCCUUGUCCCAAUGGCGGCCAGGGUCCAAACUGUGUGGUUCCUACUCGCCCUCCGGUAACUCCCGCCCCAAGGCCUCCAUUCGGUUGUCCCAACGGUGGAGUUCCUCCGAAUUGCUGCACAAAUGGUGGACAAGGUCCAAACUGCGUGAUUCCGCGACCACCUCCACCACCGCCGGCUUGUCCAGCGGGAGGUGUACCUCCAUACUGCUGUACCAACGGCGGAACUGGACCGAAUUGCUACGUCCCACCGCCACCGACUCGUCCACCAACCUGCCCAGCUGGAGGUGUUCCACCGUACUGCUGCACUAAUGGAGGAACUGGACCGAACUGUUACGUGCCGCCUCCGCCCACUCCUCCACCGACUCGUCCUCCUCCACCACCACCGACUCGCCCACCGAGCUGUCCUGCUGGUGGAGUUCCACCGUACUGUUGCACCAAUGGAGGAAGCGGUCCCAACUGCUAUGUCCCUCCACCGCCUACGCCUCCACCUACGAGGCCACCACCUCCACCACCAACUCGUCCACCAAGCUGUCCGGCCGGUGGAGUACCUCCGUACUGUUGCACGAACGGCGGAUCAGGACCGAACUGCUACGUCCCUCCGCCACCGACUCCUCCACCAACGCGGCCACCACCGCCGCCCCCGACACGUCCACCGAGUUGUCCUGCUGGUGGUGUACCACCGUACUGCUGUACUAACGGUGGAACUGGCCCCAAUUGUUACGUGCCGCCUCCACCAACUCCCCCGCCUACUCGUCCACCACCGACUCGCCCACCGAGCUGUCCUGCGGGAGGUGUUCCGCCAUAUUGCUGCACAAACGGAGGAUCCGGUCCCAACUGCUACGUGCCACCACCGCCCACUCCCCCGCCUACUCGUCCUCCACCGCCUCCACCUCCGACUCGGCCACCGAGCUGUCCUGCUGGUGGAGUUCCGCCGUACUGCUGCACGAAUGGAGGAUCCGGACCGAACUGCGUCGUCCCUACGCGACCUCCGCCACCACCACCAACCGGAAGCAACCAAUACCUUCCUCCCUGUCCGAACGGAGGUGUCGGACCUAACUGCCAAGUGCCACCGACACGUCCUCCGAGCUGUCCUGCAGGAGGUGUUCCGCCAUACUGCUGCAAAAACGGAGGAACUGGCCCGAACUGUUAUGUACCUCCUCCACCUACACCUCCUCCGACACGACCUCCACCACCACCACCAACUCGUCCACCAAGUUGCCCAGCAGGAGGCGUGCCUCCGUACUGCUGUACUAACGGCGGAACUGGCACGAACUGUUACGUCCCACCACCGCCCACUCCUCCGCCUACACGGCCACCACCUCCUCCACCAACACGUCCGCCGUCUUGCCCAGCAGGUGGAGUUCCGCCGUACUGCUGCACGAAUGGAGGAUCUGGUCCCAACUGCUACGUCCCUCCCCCACCUACUCCUCCACCUACAAGACCUCCUCCACCACCUCCUACGCGUCCUCCGAGCUGCCCGGCCGGUGGAGUUCCACCGUACUGUUGCACAAAUGGCGGAAGUGGCCCGAACUGCUACGUCCCACCACCGCCUACUCCUCCUCCGACUCGUCCUCCUCCGCCUCCACCAACGCGUCCUCCGAGCUGCCCGGCCGGUGGAGUUCCACCGUACUGCUGUACCAACGGUGGAAGCGGUCCGAACUGUUACGUCCCUCCACCACCGACUCCUCCACCAACGCGCCCACCGCCUCCACCACCGACUCGUCCUCCGAGCUGUCCUGCGGGAGGUGUUCCGCCGUACUGUUGCACCAACGGGGGAUCUGGCCCGAACUGUUAUGUCCCUCCUCCGCCCACACCUCCACCGACUCGUCCUCCUCCGCCACCACCAACUCGCCCACCGAGCUGUCCUGCUGGUGGAGUUCCACCGUACUGCUGCACCAAUGGAGGAAGCGGUCCCAACUGCUACGUCCCCCCACCACCUACUCCUCCACCUACUCGUCCGCCCCCGCCACCACCGACUCGUCCGCCAAGUUGCCCGGCCGGAGGAGUUCCGCCUUACUGCUGCACCAACGGCGGAUCAGGACCGAACUGUUACGUCCCUCCGCCACCGCCUCCUCCCCCAACACGUCCACCACCGCCACCACCGACCCCGGCCAAGGAAAAUGAGUACCUUCCACCGUGCACGAACGGAGGAGUUGGUAAGUGUUCGAAUCACCGGUAGACAACUUUCGAGCCUCAUAUAUAUCAAAAUGUCUAUGCAAAUGCAGGUCCCAACUGUGUUGUGCCAACGCGACCGCCUCCACCGCCAGCAUGUCCUGCCGGAGGAGUUCCGCCAUACUGCUGCACGAACGGAGGAUCAGGACCGAACUGUGUUGUUCCAACGAGACCACCACCGCCAACUAGCCCAGCACCUAGCUGUCCUAAUGGUGGUGUUUUGCCUUUCUGCUGCACCAACGGCGGCCAAGGACCAAACUGCCAAGUUCCGUCUCACACUCUGGAGGAAGAUGGCUACCAUUACAAGCGGCCUAACAAGCCGUUCACGUUCUAGUUUUAAGCACACCGCAAGUGAUCGGACUUAGAGCUGUAUUUUACGUUCAUUUAAUUUUGCCUUUAUUAUUUGUUUAAGUUGAUUCGUUCAUCUGUGAAUAGCAAUAAACGUAA